UGUGUGCGCGCUGCUUCCGUGUUUUCGGACUUGUCGAGACGCGAUUGGUCCGCAGCUGGCCGGUGUGUGAAUGCGGCUGUGUGUAUGGUAGCGGGUGAGCGGUUAUGUAGAAACUCUCCUUUUGCGUUAGUAAAUCCGCAGCAUGGAGCCGCUAAAACCCCUCAGCCUGUGUUUAGACCUGGUCUUACUGCUGCUGGUGUUUAGCACGGGUCAAGCCCGCGAGCCCGACACCGCCUACGUUACCUGCGGAUCUUUAGUGAAGCUGCUGAACACGCGCCACAACGUCCGGCUGCACUCCCAUGAUGUCAAAUACGGCUCAGGUAGUGGGCAGCAGUCGGUAACGGGUGUGGACACAGCGGAUGAUGCGAACAGUUACUGGCGGAUCCGUGGGAAACCAAAUGAAACGUGUCAGAGAGGAAUUCCCAUUAAGUGUGGUCAGGCCAUUCGAUUCACUCACAUGAAAACAGGACGCAACCUCCACUCGCACCACUUCAGCUCUCCGCUGUCUAACAACCAGGAGGUCAGUGCGUUCGGGGAGAACGGAGAGGGUGAUGAUCUGGACGUGUGGGCGGUGCAGUGCAGUGGUACGUACUGGGAGCGUGAAGAUGCUGUUCGGUUCAAACAUGUCGGCACCAGCGUCUUCCUCAGCAUCACCGGAGAGCAGUACGGCCAUCCAAUCAGAGGCCAGCGGGAGGUCCACGGAAUGCACUCUGCCAAUCACAACAACUACUGGAAAGUGAUGGAGGGAGUGUUCAUCCAACCCAGCAAUGAACCUCUUUAUCACGACGAGCUCUGAUGGUCCAGAGCGCACUGUACAUCCAGCCCGUGAAGACUGUUCCACCCUUUACCACUCACUCUUUCAGUUCUUCUCACCUGAUCAGCCAGUUCAUCUUUCACUCCUUCACUCUUCUAGUUCAUUUCCUGAGUUACUUUUUAAAAUUUUCUUAAUUUCUGUGCUCCAUGCCUGUUUUGAACACACACACCAAAUGAAAUCUACUAUAAAAAUGAUACUUUGAAUUAAUUUCUUUCUGUAUUUGUACUGAAGGAGUGGAUUUUGUGUCUUAUUUUGUGUUUAUUUGAUUGUUUUCGUAAAUGUAUGAAACACAAGACUACUAGAUGUGUUUGAGGGUGUCUGACGUCUCAGAAAAAAAUUUAUUUAUCUGUGGUAUCGCAGUGGCGUGACCGGCUGUGUGAAGGACUAAAGGGAAAAAUUAUACUGUAACAGGGUUCAUAUGUUGUUUUUACAAACAUGGAAUUCCACAUUAGCUGUUAUAAUGACAUCAGAGAAAGAGAAAAAGCUUCUAUUAAAUAAAGUUUUGUUACAUUUGUGAGUCUAA